AUGAAUAAUAAUAACUUUAAUAAAAGCAUGAUGAAUAACAAUAGAAGAGUAGGAGAGCAAGAUUUGAAUCCAUUGCCUGGGUUUCAACCUUUACAAGGAAAUGCUCCUUCCUCAAUGAGUAUUGGAUUUGGUGGCAAUCUCGUUGGACCAAAUAAUCCAAUUUUCAAUGGCUCGAAUAUUCCUUCUGCUUCUUCAAUGGGAGGAGGUAUGAAACCUCAGAUGUUACCUGGUUCUAGAUUUGAUCCAGUUUAUCCUAUCAUUGGGCCAUUUGGAGGUUCUGUAAGUGGAAAUAGAGGUGAAAGUUCUUCAUCGUCUUCAUUUGGAAAUAUUAAUCCAGAUCAUCACAAACCUCCACAAUUUGGAGAUGAAGAUUUGUAA